CAAUUACUUGACAAAAUUAUUUCAUUCUUUUCUUCCUUUAUUUUGAUUACAUAUGAUCAAAUAAUUUAUCAAAGUGUGAUGAUUACGUGUCUAAUGAUUACGUGUGUGUGUGAUGAUGACAAUGAAUGAUCACUAUAACUUUAAAUCAUGUCAGAUAUUAAAAAUAUUAUUGAAUUAUUAUGCAAACAUUUGAAUUUAUCAAUCAAAGUUGCAAUUCAACCAGAAUGUUUUAGGUUAUCUAAAUUUAAUGAUCCAAAGGAACAAUCUGAUACAUUAUGGACAAUAUUGCACAUAUUAAGUUUGUACGCGGCGAAAGAAAAUCAAAAUAAUAUUAACUUUGAGGAAUACGAUAAAUUAUCUGCUACAAAAUUAUAUUUCGCUUAUUUACAAUAUCCAGCGAUUGAGUUUUAUAAUUUAUCUGAAAGUUGUUGUAACAAUAGAGUACUUCUAUUAGCAUUUGCAUGGCUUUUAGCGACGCAAAAUGUUUUAAACAUUGUCAUACGAAUCAACUUGAUAUCCAGUAUUUUAGGAAAGGAAUGUUCAUCCCCUGACUUAUCUUUGAAAGAAAUAUCUAUGAUAGAAACAUCGUAUUCUUUGAAUACUCAAAUAAAAAAUAUUAUCCAUCACAAUAGUAAAGUUAAUUUUAAUAUUAAAUAUAUAUCCGAAUUAAUUGAUAUCAAAACUAAAUUGUCAACUAAAGCUCACAGUGCAAGCUUGAAUUAUGAUUGUCUUGCGCAUAUGAACGUUAUGGAUAUUGCAUUUGUCAAAAGUUUAUUCGUAUUACAAGAUACAGAUUCAAAUUUUACUCAAUCUAAGCAACAACUAAAGUCCGAGUUGUAUAACAUAGGAGCGAUGUUGGAUGUACAUUUAAAAUGGAUGGAAAAAGAGUAUAUAUUCUAUGAUUGGAUGAUAACUGUAAUCAAGGAACAUGAAAAAUCUGUAGAUAUUAAUAAAAGUAGUAUAAAUUGGAACGAAAUAAUUAAUUUCGUUUCUUUGCUAGAACACAUUAUAAAAAAAAAAUUAAAUUCUAUUUGCUCUAAACAAGCAAAUGAUGAUGCAAAAUACUACAAUGAUUUUCAAUGUACAUCACGUUUAUUGAGAACACCGGACAUCAAAUGCGAAGUUAAUAAAUGGUUGACGGAUAUAACCGUUCAACUGAGUCAAAUAAAAGAAACGCUUGGAAAAAAUAAAGAAGAAAUCGCGUUACAAUUAAAAAAUAUAUUAACAAUUGUGCCAUCGUGCGUUAGAGUUUAAUGCUGUUUUGUAAUAUUUUUAUAUAAAAAAAAAACAUAUGUAUAAUUAAAUAUUUUUUAAAUGAA